CACCCAGAGGAAGCCCCGGAGGGUGUUUUGCGUCACUGGUCCGGGUUGCCUAGCACUGCUGGGACCGUAGAGAGGGGGCACCAGCUCUGGGGGCUUGGUGGCUUUUUCUCCCUGCGUGUCCUUUUUGAGAGUCAGACGUUGCUGAGGACCUGGCAGAGGAGCAGCUGAGGUGAUGGCAGCUGAGGCAGGGAUGCUCGAGCUGCCCUUCGUCCGUGAUGACCAGCUCACCCGGUGCAUGCGGCUGCGAUUCCAGAGCCUGCAGCAAAAAAACAUGAGGCCCCAGGAUGGUGAGAAGCUGCUGCGUUCCAACGAGCACGUCUACCGAGUGGAUUUCAUCCGGCAGCACAACCUACGCUUCCUCCACUGGGACAUCCAGAUGGAGAGACCUGGGAAGGUCACGGUGACCGGCACCUCCCAGCACUGGACUCCUGAUCUCACCCACCUUAUGAACCGGCAGCUGCUGGAGCCGGUGGGCAUCUUCUGGAAGAAGCCAGGGGCCAAAGACGUAGAGUGCAAUGAGGCAGAUGCCCAGGAAUUUGGGGAGCGGAUAGCAGAGUUAGCCCGGAUCCGCAAGGUGAUGUAUUUCCUCCUCGCUUUCACUGACGGCCUCGAACCAGCUCAGCUGAAGGGCUCCAUUGUUUUUAAAGCCUGAUCCCCUCUUGCUCAGCCGUUCUUGCUCCAGCUAUGCUUUUGUCUUUUUCUUUUUUUCUCAGUUCAGUUUUUACGUGGGUUUGUUGUGGUUGUUUUUUUUUUUUAAUGAGGGACAGCAUCAAGAAAUAGUGGAGGACAGUUUGGUGUUUCUGAAGCCCUUCAGCCCUGUGAAAUGUUCCCCAGAUGUGCUGUCCUCUGUCUGAACGAUGGGGAGGAGGGGGCCAUGAGCUCGCUGCUGUAUUUGCCUAGAGUAUAAGACUGAAUGCUUGUGAACUCAGCAGGGAUUCACCAGAUCUGGCUGGCGCAGCGUCUUGCUAGCUUGGUCUUGCCCUAAGCCCUCUAACUGUGGCAACUGCAUACCAAAAGCCUGAUAGAAAAAUAAGGUCUUGCCAUACUAGAAACAAGAGAGACAACCUGGAGAGAACCCUGGCUUCCAGUUUCCAUCCUAGCCAUUAAAAAGGGAGAGCCUAUUUGCGAUGGGGUGCUUCUCCUUGCAAGGAUGCUGAGUGCUUGCAGGCUGCAGUGACUCCUGCUGCGACUGUGACUGCGUGGUGUCUCCGAAGACCAUUCCCAUGGAGGAUCACCUCACUGUGAAGCUGAAGUACAUUUGGACACGCUGUAUGCUGCAGAUUGCAAACCCACUGGACAAACUGGUGCAGGGAAGUUGGACCACCCUUUUCCUGACAGCCACCACCAUUUCUUGCCGGGGUCACUGUGGGGAGGUGUACUCCAGCAUGUUGCUCCCCUGGGGACCGUUGGUCCUGAGAUGGGUUGGAGCAGGCGUGCAUGUGUGUGCAGAGGGGGCAAGUGAGCCAGCAGCCCAGAGCAGGCUGUAGGUCUGAGCCAGCAGUGAGUCCCCCUGCAGCAAAAACAAUCAGUGCAUUGUCAUGGCCUUAACGCACCCAUGAAUAUAUUUCUUCUGAAGCAUCUGUAGAGAGCCAUGAGGCUGCAGAGCACUUUGCGAACCACAGGGAAGGAACCUGCUGCUGCUGUCCCCAAAAGCAGUGUCUCCUACUCUCUACAAAUGCAGAGGCAAGGAGCAGUGUCUGGGUGGCCAUGGGAGCAGAGCAGAAAUGGUACUUUUGCACGUUUAGGAGCAGGAAUGUGGUUUGUGCCUGGCUUGUCCCAUGACUGUGAAUACUAACUUUGGUCAUUCCCUUUUCCUCCACCGAAAAGUGAAAGGUACUUUGGUGAAGUUUCUUGAGACCCAUGGCUAGAAAUGUCCUUUGAAAGAGCCAAGUAUUAAUACAAUUGGUCCUUUGAUAAGAUUGUACUCAAAUGUGGGUGAAAGCUCCUCAAGGUACGUCCUGAGAUGUGUAAGGAGAGAGCAGUGAUGAGAGAGCCAGGACAAGGUGACUUUGCACUCGUGGCCUGCUGACUUGUGCAGACCAUCCCCAAAAGUGCCCAACUUCAAAACCUCCAGAGAUGCAGACUCCAUGCCCAGCCCAACAGUAGUAUAUAAAAUGAUAUGCACAAGCUAGGCCAGGCAGGUAGGAGAAGGAAAGCGGGAAGAUCAGAUACUGGCUGAAGAGGUGGUGGGAGCUUUGAGUCUUGCCCACAACCAAAGCUCAGGAACCACUGAAUCACACAGCCGUGCCAUGGGCAUUGCCAGAGAAGUCAGUGUCUUUGUUUAGACCCCAAGAAAUGCUGGACUUAAUGAGUAAAGAUAAAAGUGGAUGCACCCCUGCUUGGCCAUACAUGGACCUACUGUGGGCCAAACCCACUUCUAGGGUCCUGGCAGACUUUCCCACAGGACAUCCCUCCUUGUACACCCUAGAGCAAAGCUCCUGACUACAAACCACAUUAGACCCAAUAACAGGAGCCACUACCAACAUCCAAAGGGGUUUUUACAUGCCAGGUCUCACAAUAUGCCGUUGCUGGUUGCUGGGGUAGAGUUCUUGCUGCAGAUACCUCACAGGGUAUUGAUGUACCACAGUAAAUAAAAACCGAGUUAACAGGGCUCCCCUUAAGGACUGAGGCUGUGUGUGUCGUCUUCAUACUCUUUCUGGAAGCUUCCCCAAUCCUGCAUGCAAUAAAGCAGCACCCACCAAUUUCCAACUCACUGUUGGUAUUUUUGAGCACCUCUUUAUCUCCAGUAAAAAGUAAAAUGAACAUUUACCUUCUU